ACACAAACUAAAAUACAUACAUCUAGGUUUAAACAGCAAUCUCAAAACACAUCUAACGCUUUCAUUCUGAUAAUCUGUUGACGGAACGUCAAAACCCUAAACCUUCAUCGUCAAAUCGGCUGUUUGCCUUUUCUCGACGACAAUGGCUACUGUACCAGUUAAUCCGAAACCUUUCUUGAACAACUUGACUGGGAAGCCAGUGAUUGUGAAGCUCAAGUGGGGAAUGGAGUACAAAGGUUAUCUUGUCUCUGUUGAUUCUUACAUGAACUUGCAGUUGGCCAACUCUGAAGAAUACAUUGAUGGGCAGUUUACUGGUAACCUUGGAGAGAUUCUAAUCAGAUGUAAUAAUGUUCUGUAUUUACGAGGCGUUCCAGAGGAUGAAGAAAUAGAGGAAGCAGAUCGUGAUUAGCUAGCAAGCAGGUGGAUUGGAUCAUUAGAUGUAUUGUAUUUUAUUUUUAUUUCUUCUGUUUUUGUAUGGAAAUAUUUUGUGCUCCAUAUUCCCUACAACAUUUAAUCAGGUGUGGAUGUGGGUGGAUCCAUGAAUAUAUCAGACAAUGUUUCACAAAUCAUUAAAAAAUAUUGUUGCAUAAGGAAAUAUUUAAUACAAC